AAUCUACCUGAAUCCGGGCCACUUUUAUCAGCACCAGCCCCUGAUAAUAGAGCGCUGACAGCAGCCUGCAGUACACAUUUCUGGCCACAAGAUGCCGCUGGUGUACUGGAGCUCAGAAACUCCCCGGGCUCUGGUUGCUAUGGUUACCAUCUGUUGCCUUGGAAGAGACGCGGCCCGGACUGUGCAGAUUCCGUCCUCCGCUCCCGGGAUCCGUGUGACUGCAGGGCGGCCAUAGAACUCAGGCUCAUCAUGGAAACAACUUUCCCAACAAUAGUGGAGACUCGGGAACCUCUGAAGGACCAGAGAGCCAGCGCUGAGGCUCUGGAGUUUUUAUCCAGAAUAAGGCCCAGUGAUCUGGAUCUUUGUCUCUUUCCGGAGACUUUACAGACAUUGUCAGAUUCAGGAACGGAGGUCGGGGAUUUCACUGUCAGCGUCCAACCCGCCUACUAUGAACAGGAAGGAGAAGAGGAGGAAAGAUGUUUUCUGGUUCAUGCCAGCAGUCACGGCACCAUUGAUGGUGUGCCAUGUGGAACCUCCAUAGUCGCUUAUAUUACACCGAAGCUGGAAACCUUAGAACAGCAUCUUCACGAGUAUGUGAAGGUUAAAUCGCAUUCUCUUGACAAGAAAACUCACAUGAAGAGACAAGGAGACAAGCUAGUGAUCAGCAGAGUCAUUAUAGAGGGUCAGCAAAUGCAGCAAGAAACAUCAUCACGAUCACAUGACCUGAGCUCGCUGAGCGGAUUUAUUUCCGAAGCUUCAAACUUGCUGAUAAUGCGGCUUCUGGUGAGAAUGGAGAAUAAGCAAAACUUGGACUUCCUGGCCUUCGACGCCGAGAUGAAUUUGUGUAUUUCUUCUUAUAGUGACCUCGGAUCCCGUCCUCAGGAUAUCGGGAAAGACACAGUGGAAGUUUACGGUAUAGAGAGAACGAUUUACUCUGAGGAUAUCCCCAACACAUGGCAGUACUACUUCCUAUCAGAUGGGCAUUUGGCUAGUCGGGUCCAGGUCGGCUCUCCUGUGUUUGUCAAACUGAUGGAAAUGCCCAUAUUGUCUGAGCCUGAGGAACAAGAUCCUAAACCCGUGUUUGAGAAGCAGCCACUGAAUUGGCAGGACGAUGUGCAGCUCCAUUCUGAGUUCCUGGACAGAAAGGAAGAGCUGAUCUCAGAUCAUGACACGUAUCUCAGCCGCCACCCAGACAUGAAAAUUCUGCUCAGCGACUUCAUGCAGUUCCUUCUCCUUAGAAAGCCAGAUGAUGUCUUUACUUUUGCUGCCGAGUUUUUCGGCCCUUUUUCUUCAACAGCAGAGAGAGCCGACGCGUUCCGAUCCUCCAAGGUGUCUAACCCUUUCCGUGAUGUCACCGAUGAGACCCGAGAUUCUUAAAUAUGAAUCUGCAGCACAUUGCUGGUUCUGUACACUACUUCAACGUUAUUAAACACAAUUGAUUUUAAAAAU